UAGAGGAGGGAAGCUAGCGAGCCCUAUUCCACUUCCACCUUCAAUUAGGCAAGGGGAAGAGGGGAGGAGGAGGAAAGGCAAACGUCGGAGCACGAGCACGCGUUCUUCGCCUCUCACCCUGCGGGAGGCGAGGGCGCGGCGAGCCGGCGAGAGCAAAUCGGAUUUGGGGAGGCAAAGGAAAAUCCCCGGAGCAAUUCCUUUUCGCCUCCCCAUUUCCUCCCGAUUCGGAUUUUGGGCCGUAUUGGUUAAUCCCGCGCCCGAAUCCGCGACAAUCCAUCCGCCGGGGGAUCGCGCAAGGGAAGCGCGGAUCGUAGGCGGUCUUCCCUGCACCCUCUCGCCCUUCGCCUGCUUUUGCCGCGGUCUCCUCUCCGGGCGAUUUGGAGCCCACAGGUUCGUUGACAGAUUACUAAAUUUUCCUCGUCACAUAUUCCCAACCUUCGACUUCCUACAUUCAGAAGCCCGUGUUUUGGAAGGACAUUUCACAAUGAAGCCCAAUCAGUUAAUUCUAUCCAACCUUGAUAUUGACAGGGGAUACGUAUACAAGUUCCCAUCAGAGCUUCCAAUGUCUCAUGAUCUUGGUUUGAGUUUGUUUUCGCAUGCUGGUACUGUGAUGGGGACUUCUUUAAGACAUCAUCGGAAGAUUUGUUCUUCUGGAAAUGUAAUGGUCCAUGGAGCUUUCAAUCGCCUCAACAAGCUUUCCAGAGCUAUCUUUUGCUGGCUUUCCAGACCAUCUGAUCCUAAGGUUUUCCACUGGCUGUCAGCUAUAGCAGCGUCUGGUUCUAGAUCCUGUCAGUUGCGUAUGAAGCAAGUGAGCUCGCACAUGCAAAAUUUGACUAGAUUGCAGUUCGGCUUUCUAGUAAGAGAAGAGCAAGCAAUGCAGCUACUUUUAGCUAGGCUUGCAAAUGCAACAAUUGUGCGACUGUGCAAUGAUUUUGAGAAGCAAGGCGCCUGCAAUCUGCUCACCCUAGCUGGCGCUGCUGCUAUUGUACCACCACUCGAAACUAUAUCACCAAUAAUGCUUGCAGAGGCAAUCGCAUUAAGAAAUACUGAUGGUUAUAUCAGCAGACCGGUGGGUCAGCCUUAUGUAGAAGGAAAGUGCGUAAGUUGUGCCUCUCCUCCUGUGCCAAGUACUAUCUUUAAAGAAGAUGCAAUUGAACCAAAAACUGGAAUCAAGUUCCCACCAUUUCUGGAAGAUGACUCCAGUUCAUCAGCAACGGUCCUUGUUGGGGUAGGUUUGAAAGGCAUGAGAGUAAUGAGGGUCAAAAAUCUGAACCUGUACGCUUUUGGUUUAUAUGUGCAACCCAAUUCUAUUCAUGAGAAGCUGGGUCCUAAGUAUGCAUCUGUUCCAACUGACAAACUGAUGGAGAACCCUGAUUUCUAUAGAGAUCUUCUCAGGGAAAACCUUCAUAUGAGGGUUAGGUUGGUAGUUAACUACAAUGGCCUUAGCGUUGGUGCAGUGCGCGAUGUGUUUGAGAAGUCCCUUGGUCUGCGUCUUCAGAAGAUGAAUCCUAACACAGACUAUCACUGCUUGAAGACCUUUGGUUCACACUUCACGGAAGAUAUCCCCAUACCCGCGGGUACAAAGAUCGACUUCUGUCAAACAUCAGAUGGGAAGCUAAUAACAGAAAUUGAUGGGAGACAAAUUGGUGCUGUUCAGAGCAAAGAUCUUUGCAAGGCUUUCUUCGACAUGUAUAUCGGUGAUUCACCGAUUUCACUGGAGGCCAAAAGAAACAUUGCCCAGAACGUGGCUGGACUCAUUGCAAGACGCUGACGAAAGCACAAAUUAAGAGGGCAGCAAGUAGGAUGAUUAUUUCAUUCUUCUGUACAGUUAGAAAGGACACUUAUGAACGGGAAAAUAGGCGAGAAUCAUUGUAAGUAUAUAGAGUGAUCUGCGCCUUUUCAAGGAAGCAGGCAAAAGUUCCAAUGUACAUGUGGAAGGUGCAGCAUCUUCAGUUGUUCAAGGGCCCCCAUUCUUUUUAUUUUUUCUGUUUGGAUGGGCCUUUUGUCUCUCGUAGCUGCUGUAUCAUGUAUGCUCCCAUUGAGCCAGGAGUUGUAAAACAUGAAGAAUUGAAGAUGCUUCUUCCAUAAAAUGAAAAUGCAAGCCUUCAAAUCUUUGAUUCA